AUGUCUGACGGGUUCGUCAUUGUAUACAGUCGAAUUCCACGCCGCAGCAGCGUGGACGACCUGCCGAGGUACGCAGCUGAAGGCGCGCAUGCGAACACCCUCGACGACCGCAUCGCGGCCACGCCGGGCCUCGCGCUACCCAUCCUCGCUACCGCCAAUAUCCGCCGGGCCUCCGGCGGGCCUCCCAGCGAGGCGGCGCUCCUACUCGCCCACGACAUCUGUGCCGCGUUCCAUACCGCCGUCACGAACAACCAGGACGACGUGAUUACGCGGUUCGUCAUGCGCGGGUACGUCUCCCCCGACACGCCCGACGCCCAAGGCGAGACGCCGCUGCUGGCGGCCGCGCGCCGCGGACACGUCGCCGCGGUGCGGGCGCUGAUCGCUCUCGGCGCGAGCGUCGACGGCUUCGGGCUGCUGACCACGUUCGCCUACGAGCGCGGCGAGGGGAGCAGCGUGACACGUCGCCGGCGCACCCCGCUGCAGGCGGCUGCUGAGGCCGGCCACCUGGCUGUGGUGAAGGUGCUGAUGGAGGAAGGCGGCGCCGACGACGGGCUCGUGUCGCCGGACGACGGGGCACUGGCGCUGCGGCUCGCCGCGGCGGGUGGCCACCGCGAGGUGGUCGCGUACCUGCCGGCGCGGCGCGGUGGCGGAUGGCGACGAUGGAGGGCCAGGCACACCCGAGAAGCGCGGGCGGUGCGGCGGGCGGUUCGUCGCAUCGGGAGGUUUCUGUACUAUGCGCUGGUGGCGCCGCCGAAGCUGCUGGUCUGGCACCUCCCGCGGUGGAUGUGGGAGGAGCGCGCGCGCAUCGUGGGCUGGCUCGGUAGGAAGGUGGCAGAGGUGCCGAAGGUGCUGAGGAAGGCACCACAGUGCGUUUCCAGGGCUGCUAAGGCAGUUCCGGAGCUGUGUGGGCGCGCGGCGAGGGCGAUCGGGAGAACGGCGCGGCGCACGCCCGGGGUGCUGGCCCUCAUCUCCCGAUGGGUGCUGGAUGGCAUCGCGCGGACGUACCGGGCCGUCGGCUAUGGAAUGCAAAAGCUGGCAUCUUUGGCGCAUACGGCCGUGGCUGCCGCGCUAUCCUGGUUCAAACGGAUCACGCUCCGGGACGUCUGGCGCGGGCUGGUGAUCGCGGUGCGAGCCGUCGUCUUUGACGUACCGAAGGCGGUGGUUGGGGUGCUGGCGGAUGCAGGUGAGGUGAUCUACAAGAGUCUCAAGAUGCUGUUUGGCUGCCUCGGCGCGUGCGUCUACUACGGAGCGGUCUGGGCUGGAUGGGUGGCGGUCUACGUGCCGAAGAGGCUGGCGGAGGUUGCGAUGGCCUUGGGCCGCUCGGUCGCGAAUACCAUGGAAGAGGUCAUGGUGCACAUUGAUCCGAAGCGGAUUUGA